AUGGCAGAAGCACUCAACCUCACUUACAAACCAGAAGAUGUAUCUUACGAUGAUGCUGCUGCCUUUGAGACAGUCAAGACUCUUCUCAAUGCUAGUUCGGACAGCUCAGUGACGGCGGAGACGACGGCAAAGGACCUGGCCGCUACCCUGCCAGGACCUCCAGGAUCUGAUGGCACUGAUGCGCACUAUACGCUGUACAACAUGGUCAUUGAUGUCGCCAAGCAAAUCCCGCACAAUCACCCAGCGCUGGUCAGGCUCGUACGCACAGUCGAGGCGCUCUCGCUCUCCCCAAAGACCGUCUUUACCGAGACAACAAAUGGAUUUGAAACCUCUCGCCGCUUGCACACCUUUGGAUGGAACCUGCGCGACGUCUUUGGCCCCCCGUUUGAGCCCAACCGUCCGCCCACCGAUGCCCAGCUCGCUGGCUACCUGAGCAUCCAGGCGUUCACGGCGCUGCUCUGGAGUCGCGGCCUCAUCCACGGUGACGACUUUGCACUGUGGCAGCUUCGCGCAGCGUUCGAGGAGGACGUCGAGGAUGUGAAGGAGGCAGCGUACCUCUCGGCGGCGGCGGGUCUGUGGAUCAUGCAUGCCGGGUCAAGGGUGUGGCAGCUCGUCACGGAUGGACCGGUGCUGUCAGGGCCCGACGCAAGGAGCCUGCGAGCGGGCGAAAAGUUGGGAGGCGAGGGUGGUUAUGGAAAGGAGAGGUGGGCCUUCUGGGUGAAGGGCUUUGACGCGAGAGCGGAGGGCGGCGAGGGCGUUGAUGCAGGCAUCGCGAAGAGGGCGGCCGCUGUGAUGAAGGGGAUUGCUGGUGAUCUUUAG